AUGCAGGUAGACAUCGACUACUACACGAAGGCUUGCGACUUCCACGGCUUUAUGGACAGAGCACCGGAUAGCCGGUUCCCCAACGAGACGAACCCACUCAAUCCGGACACGUCGGCCGCGGUGCUGCGGAUGUACGGGGUCACAGAGCAGGGCCACAGUGUCCUUGCGCACAUCCAUGGUUUCGAGCCUUACUUCUUCGUGGAGUGCCCAAAGGAGCUGCAAAGUGCAGAAGGACUGGAGAGCUUUCGAAGUGCCUUGGAGGCGCAGUUGGCAUCGUCGGGUUGUCGGGACAAGGCGAACCCUUAUGUGCGCAAGGUCGAGAUGGUUCAGAAGUCUACGAUCAUGCGCUGGCAGGGCUCGAACGAGCACUCCUGCUUCCUGCGCGUAGUGGUAGCAGUGCCGAGUCUGGUGGCGACGAGUCGCAGGAUGAUCGAGGCCGGAUUCCGACUGGAGAAGGGCUACUUCGCGCCGAGCACGUCUUACGAGACGAACAUCCCCUUUGCUCUGCGCUUCAUGAUCGCAAGACUCCCAGAGAAGGGGCCCAGUUUGGUCGGCAAUGCCAGCCUCUUGGAACGGCUUCUCAACUUCCAGCCGGAGUGUGUGCCGGUUUUGACUGGUAUGCUCCGUGUUUACAAGAUUUCGGGAGAGGAGCUGGUCGCGAUAGAGCAGAAGGAUAUGUGCGGUGACAACAUCUACACAUUGAAGACUGUCUUGCGAAGCAUGUAUGGCUUCCCAGUACACACUCAGACGCUGGUGCUCGACGGCGGCAGCUUGGACCCGCAGUGCCCCUUGCGCUUUCCUUGGGAUUUGCAGCUGAUCUUGACUCCACUUUCAGAUGAACUGUCAAAGUCGGCCGGAGUGGCUGAAGAGCUUGUUUCUUCUGCCGGACAAGGGCAGCUGCAGACGCUGCGCUUGCUGCUCGAAGCCCGUGCCGACAAGGACAGGCAGUCAUACUACGGAAGAACAGCUUUGAUUUCUGCAGCUUCGCAGGGCCAUGUUGGGGUCGUGCACUUCCUCUUGGAGUGCAGGGCCAACCUUGAUGCCGCUGACCACCAAAUGCGCAACACCGCUCUUGAACACGCUUCUGCCCGGGGUCAUGCUGAAGUUAUUCGGCUACUACUGUUUGCCGGCGCCCAGGGCGGGAGGGAGUUUGGCCUUGCAUGCAUCCACGGCCACGUUGAGGUCGUCGAGAUGUUGCUGGCAGCUGGCAGGCCUGUAAAUUCAGAUAAAGGGCUGAUUCACGCUGCGAGUACCAGCCGAGAAAGAGUGGCGCGCUUGCUGCUGAAGGCCGGUGCUAAUGUAGACAUCGAAGACAACUAUGGGAGGACAGCCCUUAUGCUUGCCGCUCGCGGCGGUGAUUUUGCCAUGUUCAGCUUGCUACUGGAAGCGAGUGCGGACGCAUGCGUGAUCGACAGCGGGGGGGAUACUGCCUUGAUUUCGGCAUCUACCCACGGCCACGUUGAGAUCGUUCGCCUUCUGCUGCAGGCAACAGCUGACAUCGAAGCACUGGGACCUUGCGUCACCAGCAUCACCGCGCUGAUGGGCGCAUGCGACAACGGCCAUCUUGAGACGGCGCGCUUGCUUCGGGUGAAGCCAAAAAGUGCACUGGGUGGAGGUAGGGUGCGUGGGACUGGUAUCAGAGCAAAUCAGCCUUUAGAGGGAAAUUUCAACCCUUUGCAACCCCACGGAGGGGCCAGUAAAUGCUCAAUCUUCGAGCCUGCCACGCGCGCUGAAUCUAUGAAUCCUGGAGCGCGCCAGAAACCCGAUUCCUUUGAAACAGCAAACUUCCUGCACUCGGAAUCCCGAGACCCCGAUAUUGACGAAUCAAACUUGAAAGGACGCAUCUCAGCAGAUGAUUAUUAUUAUUAUUAUUAUUAUUAUUAUUAUUCUUCUUCUUUUUAUUAUUGCUAUUAUUAUUGUUAUUAUUAUUGUUAUUAUAUUAAUAUUGUUAUUAUAUUAUUAGGUAUUUAG